UACUUCUGUUUCAUCUUAACAGAAUAACAGCACUUGGUACGAGGAGUUCUUUCCACUGCCGCUAGCUUUCCUCUUUCUCUCUUCACUUCUCAAUUAAGCCCUAAAAUCCUUCCUAACAGCAAAAUCUGCAAAGGAACAGAGCAAGAGAGAGAGAGAGAGAGAGAAACAGAAUUUGUCAGCAAUGGCUGGGCAAGGAGAGGAAAGAGGAGAAGAAAAGAAGAAAUUUUCAAUCUGGGAUUUGCCGGAUGUGCCAGCGGGUCAAUUGCCACCACACCUUGAACUCCAAAGAACUCGUGUUUUAUGCAACAAGGAUGCCCCUAUUCAUACAGAGAGUGUGCUAUAUUCCGGUGCUUAUGCAUCAAUGGGAGUUGAUAAUAGUUUACGACUUGAUCAUUUCUGCCAUAACUUUAGAGUUGAAGUGGUUCGGCUCACUGAAGAGGACAUGGAGUUCGAUAUGAUCGGUAUUGAUGCAGCUAUUGCCAAUGCAUUCCGGAGGAUACUCAUUGCUGAGCUUCCAACAAUGGCGAUUGAAAAAGUACUCAUUGCAAACAACACAUCAGUGGUCCAAGAUGAAGUUCUUGCCCAUAGGUUGGGUCUUAUUCCAAUUAGUGUUGACCCAAGGCUCUUUGAAUAUAUGUCAGAAAACGAUCAGCCAAAUGAAAAGAACACCAUUGUGUUUAAACUCCAUGUUCAUUGUAAACGAGGUAGUCCACGUAUUACAGUUAAAUCAGAUGAGUUAAAGUGGUUGCCUAAUGGGAGUGAACUGAUUAAGGAAUCAAGAAAUGUUGCUUCUGAUUCAGCCUCUAAACCUGAAACUUACACUUCCUUCAGUUGCAGCCAAGAUACCUUGCCAGAAUUUGCCAAUAACCCAAUUGCCCCUAAGUAUCCGGAUAUUAUUAUUUCUAAACUUGGCCCUGGACAGGAAAUUGAACUGGAAGCACAUGCUGUUAAAGGCAUGGGAAAAACACAUGCAAAGUGGUCACCUGUGGCCACUGCUUGGUAUCGUAUGCUUCCUGAGGUUGUAUUAUUGGAAGAGGUUGAAGAUGACCUUGCUGAAGGACUCAAAAGCAAAUGCCCAGUUAAUGUAUUUGAUAUUGAAGAUCUUGGAAAAGGUAAGAAAAGGGCAACUGUAGCAAGGCCGCGAGCUUGCACACUUUGUAGAGAAUGCAUAAGAGAUGAAGAAUGGGAGAAACGCGUGGCAAUACAUCGUGUUAAAGAUCAUUUCAUAUUUACCAUUGAGUCAACUGGAGCAUUACCUCCUGAAGUGCUAUUUACUGAAGCUGUGAAGAUUUUAGAAGACAAGUGCGAACGUGUGAUAACAGAGCUCUCGUGAUGCAUUUCUUAUACAUAUUUACCAAGGAUGAGUGAACCAGUGGACUGUAUAAAUGUCUCUCCAUCAGAAUUUCAGGGGAUUUUCUUCCCUGUUAGCAAAUCGUUUUUCUUUUUCAUCUUCUCGCUUGGAGGGGUGGAAGGGAGAGGAGGGAUGUGGUUCACAUUAUAAAAAAGUGAUUUUUGCAAGUUAAGAGCCAUUAUUUGUGAUGAGCAAUUUGCAUAUUGCUCUUGAAUCAUAUAGCUGUAAUACAAGUAUCAAUGUUUUUGACCCUUGAAUCAUCAGCCCUUGGUGGCAUGAAACUCUGUAAAUUUAGAUACUAAAUUACAUCAUUUUGUCAGAACUAAUCUUCAAUGCCAGAUUAUCGGAUGCA